UCUUGAAAUGAACGCUUGAACACAUCCAACGGUUUUUUGUGAAGAACAAUUAACUUCUUAAGCUAAUAAAUUGUAUAUUUUAAAAAGCUUUCCAAUCAGCAAAAUAUUUGUAAGCAUAGUACGAGUGAAAGCCAAAGCACCGCUUGAAUGAGUAACAAGAAUUCAAACUUAGAUACGCUAUUUCUGUGUUUUCAAUUUCUCUUUAGUAAAUUUUAAAGCUAUUUAAAAAAAUCAAGUUAACCUGUCGCUUUUUUUGUGUGUUCACUAUCACGUGACCAACGUGGACGCUUUCGCCGUGGCUUCAAAAUGAAAGACACGUUAUUGGCCGCUGUUGUAUUACGGCAGCCAAUCAGAGGAAGGAUGCAGGGGUCAAUGGUUCGCUGGAUUGAACAGUUUUCUGGUUCUGUAGGGAUGGCUGAUGGCUUUCUGAUGGAGGUGUGCGUGGAUUCAGUGGAAUCUGCAAUAAACGCUGAAAGAGGAGGUGCCUGCAGGAUCGAGCUGUGUUCCAGCCUCCUGGAGGGAGGCAUCACACCCAGUAUUGGUCUGCUGCAGGUUGUGAAGCAGCAUGUCCAGAUCCCUGUGUUUGCUAUGAUCCGUCCACGUGGGGGAGACUUCCUGUACUCGGACCGUGAGGUGGAGGUCAUGAAGAGGGACAUCCACCUGUGCAAGAGUCACGGGGCAGACGGGGUGGUGCUGGGGGCGCUGAGCGAGGACGGGAGUGUAGACACAGAGCUCUGUGUGGAGCUGCUGGCCGCUUCACGACCCCUGCCGGUUACUUUUCACAGAGCCUUUGACAUGGUGCGUGACCCAGUGGUUGCCAUGGAGACCCUGAUUGCGCUGGGGUUCGAGAGAGUGCUGACGAGCGGGAGUGACAGCAGUGCCCUGGAGGGGCUGCCUUUAAUAAAGAGGCUGGUUGAGCAGGCUAAAGGAAGAAUAAUUGUUAUGCCUGGUGGAGGAAUCACAGAGAGGAACUUGCAGAGGAUCCUGGAGGGCUCUGGGGCUCAGGAGUUUCACUGCUCUGCUCGCUCCAGCAAGGACUCUGCAAUGAAAUUCAGGAAUUCUUGUGUUAGCAUGGGGGCAGCAUUGUCCGCCCCUGAAUAUGCACUCAAAGUGUCAGAUGUGAGCAAGAUUCGAACCCUGAACGCCAUCGCCAAGAACAUUUUAUAAAGGCUAGUGGAAGAGAAAAGGCAGCCCAUGUAAACUUGUGAGAAUCAAACCACUAAGAUAAGCGUCAAAAAUAAUGAAACUGAGUUAGAAAAGUGACAAGUUAGAAUUAGUUUUGGUCCCGAGCACCUCUACUAAUGAAGUCACCACCACAGGAGAGUGCCUGGCUGUUAGGGGCGCUGCUUCUCUUUGUGCAACGCAUGCACCCUCAUCAUGUCAUAGUGACUCAGCACACAAUUGGGAGCAGAAUGCAAUGGAUUAAAACGAUUUAGAUAGGAAGCAUUGUACUGCAAAUCAGCACCAUGUCAAUGCGUUGCUAUUUUUACAUGUUCUUACUGUUCUUACUUUUUUAUUUGCCAAUAUGUAUUCAGAUUGCUCUCAGUUCCUUCUGAUUUUGGAGUCCCUUCAGUUGAUUUAAAUAUGCCUGUCAGUUUAAAUCAUUAACAUAUUUUACUUGCACAUUUUGUUUUGAAAGACAUGCUUUAGAUGAGCCUUAUUUGAACACUUUGAUCAACUGAAGACCUCCUCAACAUGUCUUAAAGCAUUUCUAGCUUAAUCAUGUUAUACAGUGCAGAUGCCCAUCUGAAUCCCUGCUGUGCUGCCGUCUGGUGUGACCGUGUAUAAUGGGAGGUUUAGAGCACCUGAUGAGCUAAAUACUGAGAAGCUGUCAGUGUGGUCCAGCGUCUUGAUAACUGUGCUGGGUGUGUGUGUGUCAACCUUGCACCCCGGGUUCAUUCUAGUCCGUGCUGGAUCAGAGUUUAAGACAUGUCCAGUGUGUCAGCCUUGCACUCUGUGACUGAGAUUUAAAAAGAAAUGAAGCAUGAUGUUGAUGUAUCAUCCUGCUGUGAUAACGUUGCACUGGGGACAUGUCCUUUUAAAGCCACUACAGCCUUUCAUAUCAGCAUUUCUGUCUCCACUGAAGGAUACUUUGGGCACACAAGGAAUCCUGUGUUUUUUUUUUUUUUAAAUGUCACUUGUUUGAUUAAAAGAAAUAAAAAAUA